AGAGAGAGAGAGACAGGCGCUGUCCCGCCCACAUCGUCCUCAGAGCUAGGACACCAGCGAGACGGACCGGGGGCAGCAGGUGCGCUCCAGUGAGGGGGCGGGGUCAAGGGUCAGCCUGCAGGAAAGUUCGGGACUCCACCUUUAUCUUCAUCAUCAUCAUCAUCAUCAUCAUGUCCCGCGUGAGAGCGGCGCCCGUUUGGCCCGCGCCACGGCCAGCGGCCCGCAGCCCAGCUCGGUGGCGCCGGGCCGGGGCCUCCCGCGCUCACAUCUGACGUGCCGCUCAAGUCGGACGGCGAGGGGCGGCGGCGGCGGCGUGAGAGGCGGAGCCAAAGAUGCGUUUCUGGUGGACUUUGACCGUCGGGUUCUGGAGCGUCUGCGGCGAGCUGCCGUUCAUCGCCGACAACAACGCGGCCAUGCUGGUCAACUGGAACUCGGUUGACGGGAACAAGAAGCUGUACGCUAUCUACGACACAAGCGUCAACGAGCCCGGCAACAUGUCUUUUGUUAAGGAGACCGUGGACAAGCUGCUGAAGGGGUAUGACAUCCGGCUGAGACCGGACUUUGGGGCUACCCCGGUUGCUGUUGGCAUGAGCAUAGACGUGGCCAGCAUAGACAUGGUGUCAGAGGUCAACAUGGACUACACGCUGACCAUGUACUUCCAGCAGUACUGGAGGGACAAGCGCCUGGCCUACCUGGGCAUCCCCCUCAACCUGACCCUGGACAACCGCGUGGCCGACCAGCUGUGGGUGCCCGACACCUACUUCCUCAACGACAAGAAGUCCUUCGUGCACGGCGUCACCGUCAAGAACCGCAUGAUCCGACUGCACCCCGACGGCACCGUCCUCUACGGCCUGCGAAUCACCACCACGGCCGCCUGCAUGAUGGACCUGAGGAGAUACCCGCUGGACGAGCAGAACUGCACGCUGGAGAUCGAGAGCUACGGCUACACGACCGACGACAUCGAGUUCUACUGGAAAGGAGGCGACACGGCGGUGACGGGCGUGACGCGAAUUGAGCUCCCGCAGUUCUCCAUCGUGGACUACAAGCUGGUCUCCAAGAACGUGGUCUUCUCCACCGGUGCCUACCCUCGCCUGUCGCUCAGCUUCAAGCUGAGGAGAAACAUCGGCUACUUCAUCCUGCAGACGUACAUGCCCUCCACCCUCAUCACCAUCCUGUCCUGGGUCUCCUUCUGGAUCAACUACGACGCCUCGGCCGCCAGAGUAGCUUUAGGCAUCACCACCGUGCUCACCAUGACAACCAUCAACACCCACCUGAGGGAGACGCUACCCAAGAUCCCCUACGUGAAAGCCAUCGACGUCUACCUGAUGGGAUGCUUCGUCUUCGUCUUCUUGGCGCUGCUGGAGUACGCCUUCGUCAACUACAUCUUCUUUGGGCGAGGGCCACAGAUUCAGAAGAGGCUGGCCGAGAAGGCGCUGAAAGCCAACAAUGACCGCGCCAACUUCGACCGGCCCACGGCCGACUCCCAGGGCAACAUCCUGCUGACCACCUUGGAGAUCCACAACGAGGUGGGAGGUAACGAGGUCACCACCAUGUUGUGCGAGACCACACAUAACUCCGCCCCCUUGGCGCUGGACAACUCCUCGGGCGUGCAGCACAGGAGGAGCAGCGAGUGGUCGGGCCGCCGCAGCCUGGACAAGAACGCCCAGCUCAGGAGGAGCCGACUGAGGCGGCGCUCGUCGCAGCUCAAGAUCAAAAUCCCCGACCUGACGGACGUGAACACUAUCGACCGCUGGUCUCGCUUCAUCUUCCCUUUCAGCUUCUCCUUCUUCAACGUCGUCUACUGGCUUUAUUACGUCAACUAACUUGUGACUCUUUGUGCUGUUGUGUGUCGCAAACAUGCUUUGUCUCUUUUAGAACCCGCCUGUGACCUCCUGUCCUCACUCCAGAUGCCAGCCAGUGUUGGAACACGCCCACAAUGUUGGAACACACCCACAAUGUUGUG